AUGCCACAUAAAGAAGUGAUCCGGGAACAAGCGCUCACAACAAAGGUGCGAGUCGUUUUCGACGCGUCGUCAAGGGCACGAGGAUGCAAGUCGCUCAACGAGUGCUUAGAGAAGGGCGACAACUUGUACCAGGACCUCGUAAAGAUAUUGUUACGCUUUAGAACGCACCCCAUCGCCAUAACGGCAGAUAUUGAGAAGGCCUUUCUUCAGAUUUCUAUAAAAGAAGAGGACAGAGAUGCCUUUCGAUUUCUGUGGUUCGAAGAAGGCGAUGUUGCUGAGUUCCUGCAGAAGCAGUACAGGAAUGGAGGAUGA